UCAAUAACGAAACGAUCGAGGGAAAGACAAAAGCAAGUGUCGGAUAGAUCUCUCUCUCUUUCUCUCUCCUCUCCUCUCUCUCUCUCUCCUCUUCUGAUCGCCGAUGGGUUUGUGGGAAGCUUUUCUCAAUUGGCUCCGAAGCCUCUUUUUCAAGCAGGAAAUGGAGCUCUCCUUGAUAGGGCUUCAGAAUGCUGGAAAGACUUCACUCGUAAACGUCGUGGCAACUGGUGGGUACAGUGAAGACAUGAUCCCCACGGUGGGAUUUAAUAUGAAGAAGGUGACAAAAGGGAAUGUUACAAUCAAGUUGUGGGAUCUUGGAGGUCAACCAAGGUUCCGCAGCAUGUGGGAGCGAUAUUGUCGUGCAGUUUCUGCUAUUGUUUAUGUUGUUGAUGCUGCUGAUCCCGAUAACUUGAGCACCUCAAAAAGUGAACUUCACGACUUAUUGAGCAAGCCAUCAUUGGCCGGUAUCCCGUUGCUGGUCUUGGGAAACAAGAUUGACAAACCAGGAGCUCUAUCCAAACAGGCUUUGACUGAUGAAAUGGGACUCAAAUCUAUCGACGACAGAGAAGUAUGCUGCUUCAUGAUCUCUUGCAAGAACUCAACCAACAUUGAUUCGGUCAUCGACUGGCUUGUAAAGCAUUCAAAAUCAAAGAGCUGAGGUGGCUUGUCUUCUUCUGUUCUUCCCGUCUUAUAUGUGUCAUAAUUUAUGAGAGAUUCAUUUAUGGGUUGUUGGUGAUUGAGAUCCACUUGCCUAACUUGAUGGCUAAUUGUUUCUUCACUUCUCUUCAUUCUGAGCUGUACCAUAUGUCACCGAGUUCAUGUCUAAUUCAAUCUCUCUCCCCAAAUUCAUAUUCUCUCAUUUUCUUACUCAUGUAGAUUGUGGGAAACACGGAGUGUUACAUUUUUUUUCACUUGAUGUGUGUUAGUGGUUCAAUGCUGCUGGAAUUGUUCAUGUGAUUCUUUUCA